AAAGCAGGAGCAAGUGUUUUUAUAUUCGGUGCUGACGGAAUAGUAAGUUUGAAUUUGCGUGACUGCCUCCAAAUUCGUUGACCACUGAAGAAAGUAAUUUAUAUAAAAAAUGUGUAAAAUCGAUUUCAAUAUACUCAAGGCGAACAUUCGUCUCAAGCUUGAAAGCUUUGGGAUAGUUGUGGCUAUAAUAAAUUUAAUUAUUGUAAUUGCUGCUACAAUAUUUUCUAUCCUUCGCCUUAUUCAUGGUGUAAUAAGGCAUGGUAAUGAUGCAUUUAUUGUUGGCAUUUGUUUCUUUGUCUUUGUUAUAAUUUUCCUCGUGGCUUUUGUAUCAUUUCAACUGAUUGAUGGAGUUGGUCCGGUAAGAAAAAUCUAUUUGUGUCUCUUAUAAA